GCGCUGUAGACGCGCAGCACGUGCGCUAGUUCAAUUUCCGAUCUUAAUCGCCGACUCGGAUCGGUGGGGACUCAGAUUUACUCUCCGACUGUCUAUCUGUGAUUUGAGCGGUGCGGAUCGGAUCAGAUCAGAGGAACAUGAGGAGAGCUCUGAAGGCAUCAUCAGCCAAGAGACCAGCACUGCUUCACCUACUCUGCGCUGCCGCCAUUUUCUCUCUCAUCGUUUUCGCCAUACAGUCCUCUCUCUUCACAGGUAACCAGAAACUCAAUAUCAACAGAGGGGAAGUUCGGAUCUUAUCUGAUUUUCAAUCAACCGUUCAGCAAUGCGUGGCAAGCAGAGGGCUUGGACUCACUGCACAUAUUAUUGAUCACUGCAAAUUGAUUCUUAAGUUCCCCGAAGGCACUAACAGCACCUGGUACAAUGAGCAGUUUAAGAUCUAUGAACCUUUAGAGUACAAGUAUGAUGUUUGCGAGGCAAUUCUAUUGUGGGAGCAGUAUCGUAACAUGACUACAGUAUUGACGAGAGAAUAUCUAGAUGCUCGGCCAGAUGGGUGGUUAGACUAUGCUGCCAAAAGGAUAGCACAAUUGGGUGCAGACAAAUGCUACAAUCGGUCUCUUUGCGAGGAGCACCUUAAUUUAAUUUUACCAGCAAAGCCACCCUUCCACCCUCGUCAGUUUAAGACAUGUGCUGUUGUUGGGAAUUCAGGAGACCUUUUAAAGACACAAUUUGGGAAAGAGAUCGAUAGUCAUGAUGCAGUUAUACGAGAUAAUGAGGCGCCCGUUACUAAGAAAUAUGCCAAGUAUGUUGGGCUGAAGAGAGAUUUCCGCCUGGUAGUAAGGGGUGCUGCACGUAACAUGGUUACCAUUCUCAAUGGAUCAUCUGAUGAGGUGCUUAUUAUCAAAAGUGUAACCCACAGAGAUUUUAAUGCAAUGAUAAAGAGUAUCCCGAAUCCGGUUUACCUCUUCCAAGGUAUUGUGCUACGCCGAGGUGCUAAAGGAACUGGAAUGAAAUCCAUAGAACUGGCACUGUCUAUGUGUGACAUUGUUGACAUAUACGGUUUCACUGUAGAUCCUGGCUAUACUGAAUGGACCCGAUACUUCUCCACACCGAGGAAGGGGCACAAUCCACUUCAAGGAAGGGCAUAUUACCAACUCCUCGAAUGCCUUGGUGUUAUCAGGAUUCAUUCUCCCAUGAGAGCUAAGAGGAAGCAAGACUGGUCAGAUGUGCCAAGUCGAGAAAUGAUAAGCAGAGCUCAUGCAGCAGCAUUGCGCUUGAAGAGGAGUCAAACUGGUCAAGUUGAUGGGUUGAGACAGUUCGGUAGCUGUAAGGUGUGGGGCAAUGUGGGUCCCAAUGGCAGUGGUCCCAUCUCUGGAUCUCCAGACAUGAGUGAUGUCAGGAAGUCUUCAAAUUACAGCAAGUGGGAAAUCACUCCCUUUGAGAGUCUUAGAGGGGAAGCACAGGAUCACUAUAUUCAAAUGGAAGGCGUCAAUCUGUACAAAAUGGAUGGCAAUAAAUUGGAUGAUCUGGUAUGCGUGAGACAUUCCUCAAAAUCCGUGGUAUAAGCAAAAAGCUUUUCGGUUUAUGAACAUGUCAAUUGGUUGAGAUCACACAAUCAGGAUGGAUGGAUGGAUGUUAACUUCUGUUAGUGCUGCCACUCCUUUUACCUUUGAAGCACACACAGGGAUGUGACGUGGGCCAGGUAUGCAUCGCGCUAGUGGCAGUGGCCUGUUUGCAUUCAACCCAAACAGUAAAAGCGGCAAGGAAUUCUGUGUGUAAGAUUUCUAUGUGGGUGGUUAGAAGAUGAAGGCAAUGGAAAUUUGGAGAAAGCCAUUAUAGUUGUGUUUGAAUUUUUUGUUGGAAUUAAAAUAUGUUACUGCAAUCAACAAUGUUGAGUAUUUUGGGUGAACUCUAAUUUAGCAUAUACUAUACUUGGCCAAAAUUAAUUAUUUUGAAAUGUAUCCUAGUACAUGUUUAAACAUGAUUGUAUGUUGGUCAAUUUAUAUUGACGUGUAUCUACCUCGACCUUUAUCACCAUUUUAGGUGUGGUAGCUGAAUGCAAAUCUUCUCUUUUCAA